AUGGCAGCAAGUCACAGAGAUUUGGAACACACACAAUUUAGAUUUUAUGUUAUGGUGCUCAUACUGGCCCUUUAAGCAGGUUUGAUGAGGAAACCUAUAUAUUUGGGUUAUAUUUUACAGCAACCUUGAGUAUAAGUGAAGGGUUCCAAAUUAGAAUGUGCGUAAACUAAGGAUAGAACAUGGUAGCUGAAUAGUAAACAUUGCACAAUUUCAAGUAACAUCCAAAGUGCAGGACAGCUGUUCACCAGAGGGUGAACUCACUCAAGAGUGAGGUGAUAGUACAGUUGGAAAACAUAGGUUGCAAUAAGGAUUAGCACAGUGUACACACAGCACAGUGACCCACACUGUACACACACACAAACACAACUACCCACACUAUACACACAGCACAGCGACCAACACAGUACACACACACAAACACAACUACCACACUAUACACACAGCACAGCGACCCACACUGUACACACACACAAACACGACUACCCACACUGUACACACAGCACAGCGACCCACACUGUACACACACACAAACACAACUACCCACACUAUACACACAGCACAGCGACCCACACUGUACACACACACAAACACGACUACCCACACUAUACACACAGCACAGCGACCCACACUGUACACACACACAAACACGACUACCCACACUAUACACACAGCACAGCGACCCACACUGUACACACACACAAACACGACUACCCACACUGUACACACAGCACAGCGACCAACACAGUACACACACACAAACACAACUACCACACUAUACACACAGCUCAGAGACCCACACUGUACACACCCACACCUGGGCUACCACACUGCACACACAGCUCAGCUACCCACACUGUACACACAGAUCAGCUACCCACACUGUACACACACACAAACAAGACUACCCACACUGUACACACAGCUCAGCUACCCCCACUGUUCACACACACACCUCGCCUACCCACACGAUAGACACAGCUCAACUACCCACACUGUACACAGACACACACCUCGGCUACCCACACUAUACACACAGCUCAGAGACCCACACUGUACACAGACACACACCUCGGCUACCCACACUAUACACACAGCUCAGAGACGCACACUGUACACCUCGCCUACCCACACGAUAGACACAGCUCAACUACCCACACUGUACACAGACACACACCUCGGCUACCCACACUAUACAUACAGCUCAGAGACCCACACUGUACACACACACAUACCUCGGCUACCCACACUAUACACACAGCUCAACUACCCACACUGUACACACACACACACACACACACCUUGGCUACCCACACUAUACACACAGCUCAGAGACCCACAAUGCACACACACAUACCUCGGCUACCCACACUGCACACACAGCUCAGCUACCCCCACUGUACACACACACACACAAACACCUUGGCUACCCACACUGUACACACAGCUCAGCUACCCAUACAGUACACAAAGCUCAGUGACCCACAAUGUACAGACACAGCUACCCACACUGUACACACACAGCUCAGCAGCUAUCCACACUGGACACACACAGUUCAGCUAUCAACACUGCUACUCAUAA